AAUUUUUUUAAGUGUAUUCUAUCCAUCGAUAGUACUGCCUGAGGCUGGGAUUUAAGUGUUUCUAAGGUACGGUCUCACUAACAAACAUUAACUGGAAUUUUCUGAAGGUAUCCAACUACAAAUUUUCUUGACUAUAAAAAAUGACUGGACGCGGCAAGGGAGGCAAAGGAUUGGGAAAGGGAGGCGCCAAGCGUCAUCGCAAGGUGCUCCGUGAUAACAUCCAGGGCAUCACCAAGCCCGCUAUUCGCCGCUUGGCCCGUCGCGGCGGUGUGAAGCGUAUCUCCGGCUUGAUUUAUGAGGAGACUCGCGGUGUGCUCAAGGUCUUCCUUGAGAACGUUAUCCGCGAUGCUGUCACCUACACGGAGCACGCCAAGCGCAAGACCGUAACCGCCAUGGAUGUGGUCUAUGCCCUCAAGCGCCAGGGACGCACCCUCUACGGCUUUGGCGGCUAAGGUGUUGGCCCUUUUUACUUACUUUGACAUAAAUAUAUCCCAUAAAGCUAAUUACUUGAUCGAAUUGAAAUUUAACCAGUAAUCAGUAACUAAAAUCUUAAUCAGACGCAGCAUAUUAUGUAUUCCACAAAGAUAAUCCCAUAAAUAAAUAGAAAGAAAAAUAGGCUCGCUUAGAGCACAAAAA